AUCUCUUUAUUGGACCUUGAAUUCAAAGCUCCUUUUCCUCUGCAAAGAGCAGAUCUCUCUUGUCUGGAUCCGACACGGUGCAUGGCUUCAGAGAAAACAAUCAGUGCUUCGAUGACUGAGGAUUCAGAACAUCGUAAUUUUGUCACUUUAAAGGUGUACUUCAAGGUGUCCUCAUCAUACCCAUAUGUCUUAUUGGCCGGCAAGUCCUCUUGACAUCAGCAGUGAUGGGCGAGGACAUUCAUGCUGCACUGAGGGAAUACACGGCUUCGAAGGCGGAAAUAGAAGAGUUGCUGAGGCUGGAUCCCCUGAAUGCGGACAUCAUCCAGGUCUUACAUGAUCUGGAUGCUGCAAUAAAGGACGCCCAGGAAGCGAUUGAUGCAGCUGAAGCAACUCACGGCAUUGCUGCUAGCACCUCCAACAAUGCAAUAGUGGAUGAGCAGGCAGGGCCUGAAGAGAAAGUGCCAGAGGUCAGAGUGAACCCAGACAGCAGGAGUGCAGCAGCCAGUAGCAACGGACAGGGGGUCCCACCUAGUAAUGGUGGCAGCUAUGGUGCAGCUGCUGCGCGGCUGCAGCGGUCUGGCAGGGAGGAAGAGCCAGACUUUGCACAGCUGGCAGGCAGAUAUCCAGAGCUGAGCCCUCACGUCAAGGUGGGGCCGAGCGGCAGGGGGAGCAUCGACUUCACCAACUUUGAAGCUGCCAGGCAGCUGACACGAGCGCUGCUGCAUUCACAGCACGGCUUGCACUGGUGGGUGCCGGAUGGGCACCUCAUCCCCCCAGUCACCAACCGUGCCAACUACAUCCACUGGCUGCAUGACCUCCUCACCCUCUGCCCAGACAGCAGGGAGGUGCGAGUACUGGACAUUGGCUGUGGAGCCAAUCUGAUAUACCCGCUGCUGGGCUCCGCAAUGCACAACUGGAGCUUUGUGGCCGCUGACAUCACCGAUGUGGCCGUCAAAUGGGCGCGCGCCAAUCUGCGCGCCAACACACAACUGGAGGCCCUCAUUGAAGUGCGCGAUGUCAGGCCCAAAGAUGCCCAGCACACACCCACAGGCAUCUUGCUGCCAGCAGUGCAGGAGGGCGAGCGUUUCACAUUCACGAUGUGCAACCCGCCCUUCUUCAGCAGCAUGGAUGAGGCAGGCCUCAAUCCGGCUACGGCGUUCUCAGGGACCGCACAGGAGAUGACUCACCCCGGCGGCGAGCUGGCAUUUGUCAUGCAGAUGAUCCGCGACAGCUCCCAGCUGCAGGACCACGUGGCCUGGUACACGACGAUGGUGGGCAAGAAGGCGACGCUGCGACGCGCGCGAGAGGCGCUGCACGCGGCCGCGGUGCCAGCCGUGCGCACGACAGAGUUCGUCCAGGGGCGUAUCUCCCGCUGGGGCCUCGCCUGGUCCUUCGCCGCUGGGCCCGGCUCCGCCGCGCAGCCGCUGCCCCGGCCGCCUGCCGGGGCGCGCAUCGUUGCCCGGUGA